AUGGCUGACCGUAACCCUAAGGACUCCAUGAAGUCCACCUGGCGCACCCAGGCGCGCUCGGAGUGGACGCUCUUCCACUGGUUCUUCGAAGUGCUCAACAUCCACCCCGAGAAACUCGACACCGAAGUCCCCGUUUUCCAAAAAGAGGACCCGAUUCCCUACGUGCCCGAUUGGUCGAUGCACCGCUGGGUACUCAGUCACGCGAUUAUUCCCAUCCUCCUACACCACGCCUACGUCCUCUGGACCGGACACAAUCUGAGUCCGAUUGCCGCCUUCUUCCUGUAUAGCUUGUCCUUCAACGCCAUCGGAAUCCAUGAACUCCAUGUCCUCCGCCGCCUGGGCCACAUCCACGGCUUCCUGGACGGCGACAAGCAUCCGCGUGACGGAGUGCCCGAUGUAGGUGUGGCCAAGGUGGUGCGAUCGCUCGUCUCCACAGCGACCGCGCGGCCCAUGUUCAGCGUGAUGCUCGCCUACCGCACUUCCCAGCCCCCUUCAAGCAUCAAUCUCCCCUGGUUAGUGCUGGAGAUGGGCUUGUACGGGAUCAUCCUCGACUUCUGGUUCUACUGGUACCACCGCCUGAUGCACGACGUGACCUUCCUGUGGAAGUACCACCGCACCCACCAUCUGACCAAGCACCCCAACCCACUGCUCACCCUCUAUGCGGACCUGGAGCAGGAGUUCUUCGAUAUCGCGGGGAUUCCGCUGAUGACCUAUUUCUCCAUGAAGGCUAUGGGUAUGCCCAUGGGCUUCUACGAGUGGUGGAUCUGCCACCAGUACGUGGUCUAUGCUGAGCUGGCCGGCCACAGUGGAUUGCGGGUCCAUGCGUCGCCACCCAAUGUCUUCACCUUCGUGCUGCGGUGGUUCAAUGCGGAACUUGUCAUCGAGGACCACGAUAUGCACCACCGCAAGGGCUGGAAGAGCAGUUAUAACUAUGGCAAGCAGACUCGUCUCUGGGAUCGGAUUUUCGGCACCUGCUGUGAUCGGGUCGAGUCUGUGCCGCAAAAUAUCGAUUAUGAGAAUACGUCGGUUAUGCAUUUUUACUAA